AUGAGCAGCUUUUCAGCUGCGGUUUUGUUCACUGCCUUUCAUUUGCUUUACAUCAUCUGUCAGCAUUUGCAACUGUUGAUUGCUCAUGAAGGAGACGUGCCGUCUCAAACUACUGGGUGUAGUUAUACGUCAAACUACUGCAAUUCAUCGUGCUUACAAGAACUUGGUGCAAACUUUGGCAUUCCCCUGAUUACGGUGAAUUGUUCCGCGAGGAACUUGAGCGAAUUCCCAACACAUUUGCCAAUAAAUACUGGAAAACUUGCACUCGACUUCAACCCGAUUCCUAGCUUAAAUGUUGAAGAAAUGAAAAGGAUUCGUUAUCUUAAAGAGCUGAUGAUCGAGGGAAACACCAUUACGUUUAUCCGCGAAGAAACUUUUCAAAGUAAUUUCAUUUUGCAAGGGUUGAAUAUGGGAGGCAACAAACUCCAUGAUCUUACCUCAGGGGUAUUUAAAGGAUUGAAAAACUUAUUGGAGCUGUACCUUUAUCGAAAUUGUAUUUCUCGAUUAAGGAAUGGAACUUUUGAAAAUCUGAUAUCACUAAUUAAUCUUGAUUUGAGCGAAAACAACAUUCUCGUAAUCGACAAAGGAGCAUUUGCAGGUCUUCGACACUUAAGAUAUCUAGACCUGUCGGGAAAUAGGCUUGGUAAAAUCUUUCAGGUACAUUUCAACAAACUUACGUCAUUAACAACAUUGGGCCUUGGCUUCAACAAAAUAUAUUUUCUUGAAUCUAAAUCUUUUUCUUUUUUCUUGCACUUGAAAAUCCUGAACCUUGGUCAUAAUAACUUAACCAGUCUGCCAAAGAAGGUUUUUAAACCUCUGAAGGGUUUAACGAAUCUUGAUCUCAGUAAAAACCCAAUAGAGUUUAUUCCUUUGGAUAUUUUUUCCAGUUUGCGCGCUUUGAAAUUCCUAAACUUGAGCUCUUCCAGCGUUCGGGUGUUUCAUGGUACAUAUCUCAAAACAAUCUUGCCUCGUUUGAAAAUUAACGUACAACACACCCCUUUGGACUGUACUUGUGAUAUGCGGUGGCUCAAAGAAUGGUUUCACGACAACACUUCUCAAAACAGCACAUUUCUCAACAGUUCAGAAGUGAGAUGUAAAUAUCCUAAAACGUUGAGAGGAAAAUCGCUCUUGAGUUUAAACAUUACAGACUUCGGCUGUUCGUGUGAAUACUGUCAAAGGUCCUCUAUGUGCGUUUCUGGCGGGAAAACCUGCAACUGCGCAAACAAGCUGGCGGUGCCCUCAUGUUCUGACACCUGUCAAUUCAACGACACCAGUAGAGUCGCACCAUAUGAAAUGAUAUGUAGCUUUUCGCAAGGCANUUUUUGCUCCAACAUGUCUGAGCUUUGUGUGGACAAUGCAUAUCUUACCUAUUCCAACCUCAGUGCACAGUGCGCCUGUAAAACCGGUUACCAAGGCAACGGAUUUCUCAACUGCUCGGACGUUGAUGAGUGUGUGCAAGCGCGUAAUGUUUGCCACAGCGAUGCUGACUGCAUCAACACCGUGGGCUCGUAUCGAUGUGUUUGCCUUGAGGGUUACCAUGGGGACGGAGUGACCUGUCACUCAAUCAAGUAUCGUAAGACGGUUGUUAUCGUUACCACAACACUUUCUCUUGUAAUAUUUGUUACACUCAUUAGCACGCUGAUCUUCUGCGUCGCUCCCAAAAGAAUUCAACAGAUCAAAGAAGCGAAAAAAUCUACUGAGAGAAGAAGAAAGAAAAAACAAUCAACCAGGCGAUAUGUGGACUUGCAUAAAAUUCAUGAGCUGGGAUUUACUAAUACUGCUUGUACACCAGGUAAGAGUUAUAUUGAUCGAGAAAAUUAUUGCUUUGCACAGUGCGCCUGUAAAACCGGUUACCAAGGCAACGGAUUUCUCAACUGCUCGGACGUUGAUGAGUGUGUGCAAGCGCGUAAUGUUUGCCACAGCGAUGCUGACUGCAUCAACACCGUGGGCUCGUAUCGAUGUGUUUGCCUUGAGGGUUACCAUGGGGACGGAGUGACCUGUCACUCAAUCAAGUAUCGUAAGACGGUUGUUAUCGUUACCACAACACUUUCUCUUGUAAUAUUUGUUACACUCAUUAGCACGCUGAUCUUCUGCGUCGCUCCCAAAAGAAUUCAACAGAUCAAAGAAGCGAAAAAAUCUACUGAGAGAAGAAGAAAGAAAAAACAAUCAACCAGGCGAUAUGUGGACUUGCAUAAAAUUCAUGAGCUGGGAUUUACUAAUACUGCUUGUACACCAGAUAAAUACAAUCACACACCUUUUGUUGCUUUGACAGAGGAAGGCAAUAGAGUGGACGAGUGGGAAAUCCCCCGAGAAAAGUUGCACACCUUCAGUGUAAUCGGUGAGGGAGCCUUUGGAGUAGUAAUGGAAGGGGUUUGGGAUUCAGAUGAAGGGACCACAAAAGUGGCUGUUAAGACCUUAAAACCCGGUGCGGAUCGCCAUGACUACAAAGACUUGAUGGCGGAACUGUCGAUCAUGAAACAAGCCGGAAGCCAUCCCAACAUUGUCAGCCUCCUAGGAGCAUGCUCCGUGGAAGGACCGCUGUACUUGGUGAUGGAACUGGUUUCUGGCGGGAACCUGUUGGCUUUCCUUAGGAACAGCAGGUGUCAAGAUCCUCACUAUAUAAACAUUGCAUCGUCACUGAAUGAACGAGAAUUGUUGAAAAUUGCCAAGGACGUGUCCAAUGGAAUGAAUUAUCUUAGCAGGUUGAGCCUAGUACACCGAGAUCUGGCUGCACGAAAUGUGUUGCUCACGGAAGAUCGAGUAGCAAAGGUGACAGAUUUCGGGCUGGCGCGGGAUGUACAAUUGGAGGGUGUUUACAUGAAGACCACGACUGCUGGUAGACUUCCGGUGAAAUGGAUGGCACCCGAGUCCAUACGAUUUCGUAUUUAUACCUCCAAAUCUGACGUUUGGUCAUUCGGAGUGCUGUUAUGGGAAAUUAUCUCGAUUGGCGAAUGUCCUUACCCAGGAAUCCCGGCGCGCCUGUUAGCAAGAAAGCUUAUGAUUGGUUAUCGUAUGAAGAAGCCCACUCAAUGCUCCGAUGACGUAUACGAGGUGAUGAAAGCCUGCUGGCAGAUAGACGCGGAAGCGAGGCCCACUUUUGCUGAAUUGGCAAAUAUUUUACACGAAUUUCUUGCACGAACCGGGCGGGCGUAUAUCAACUUGGGAGGUUCGGGGGCUCAGUUGGAACAGGUUCGGGCAAAUUCUGACGAUUUGAUGUGCGAGAUCAAAGAUGACGAAUGUAGUGUGACCGACAGCUUAGACGGUCUGGAUUCUGUGCAGAUUCAAAAUGUUGUGGCAGAAGAACUCAUGAGCACGUCAUUGUCCAAAUUUGAGACAAAAUCGCCUAAAUAUGUUACAACUAAGUUAUAAAUACUUAAACUAGUAAGAAGAGAUCUGUUUUUAGUUUGCGCGUUAAUUAGAUGUGGCACGUGUUUAAUUUAACAACGUUUCCUCUUGUAGUGAACUUGUCAUUCAUCCCAUUCAGCCUUUAAA